GAAUUGUAGAUGUAGGCUCUGUAUCUUCACAUUUACCUUUCAUACUUCAGUGAAGAACCAGAAACCGAAAAUGUCUAAUUGGACAACGUUUCAGAGUAAUCAGGUUAUGAUAUCCAAUAAAAGUCCAGAAGGUUCAUCUUAGUAACCUAGAGUAUCACAUUUAGCCCCUUGUGACCUGCUGGGUCAGUCUGAUUGGUCCUAGAGGGGCUCUUCACUGUGCCUUCAUCCUCAUCUUUGUUGAAUAAGAAUUCCUGUUUUCGGACAUUCCAGAGAUUCACAAUGAUUCCCAACGGAUAUUUGAUAUUUGAGGACGAGAGUUUCCUUGACUCAACCGUGGCAAAAAUGAACGCUCUGCGUAAAAGCGGCCAGUUCUGUGACGUCAGACUACAGGUCUGUGGUCAUGAACUGAUGGCCCACAGGGCUGUGCUGGCCUGCUGUAGUCCAUACCUGUUUGAGAUCUUUAACGGGGACUCUGAGCCACAAGGUGGAGUGUCUCUUGUCAAGUUUGAUGACUUGAACCCAGAAGCUGUGGAGAUCUUGCUCAAUUACGCCUACACUGCCCAACUAAAGGCAGACAAAGAACUGGUCAGGGAUGUGUACUCUGCAGCCAAAAAGCUAAAGAUGGAAAGGGUUAAACAGAUCUGUGGAGACUACCUGUUGUCAAAGAUGGACUGCCAAAGUGCCAUCCCCUACCGCAACUUUGCUAGCAGCAUGGGUGACGGCCGCCUUCUGGGGAAGAUAGACGGCUACAUUCAGGAACACUUCUCUGAGAUCUCACAAGAGGAAGAUUUCCUCAAACUGCCCCGACUUAAGUUGGAAGUGAUGCUAGAAGACAACUUGAAUUUGCCAAGUAAUGGCAAACUGUACUCAAAAGUCAUCAACUGGGUACAGCGAAGUCUCUGGGAAAAUGGGGAGCCUCUGGAAAGGUUGAUGGAAGAGGUGCAAACGCUGUACUACUCAGCAGAUCACAAACUGCAUGAUGGGAGCCUGCUCGAAGGGCAGACAGAGGUCUGUGGCAGUGAGGAUGACAGCAUCCAGUUUGUGCAGAAGAAACCCCCUCGUGAGAGUGUGCAGCGACAGAUGAGCACAGGCGGCCUGUCUCCUGGCUCAGCAGGGCAGCUCAGCAAGCAUGAGUGGAAAUACAUAGCCUCUGAGAAGACCACCAACAACACAUACCUGUGUCUGGCCGUGCUGAAAGGCAUCUUGUGUGUGAUCGUCCUGCACGGGCGGAGCAGUCCGCAGAGCUCCCCCUCGGCGACCCCCUGCCUUAUGAAGAGCCUGAGUUUUGAGGGCCAGCCUGAGGAGCCAGAGGAGAAGCUGCUGACACCCAUGCACUACGCCCGCUCUGGCCUGGGCACCGCUCAUCUGGAUGGAAAGCUGAUUGCUGCAGGUGGCUAUAACAGGGAAGAGUGUCUGAGGACUGUGGAGUGCUAUGAUCCGAAGAAGGACUGCUGGACCUUCAUUGCUCCCAUGCGAACUCCAAGGGCCCGUUUUCAAAUGGCAGUGCUCAUGGGCCAGCUGUAUGUAAUGGGCGGCUCAAAUGGCCACUCUGACGAGCUGAGCUGUGGAGAGACCUACAACCCCCAUGCAGAUGAGUGGACCCAAGUGCCAGAGCUACGGACCAACCGCUGCAACGCAGGUGUAUGUGCCCUAAACAACAAGCUGUUUGUGGUGGGAGGAUCAGACCCCUGUGGACAAAAGGGCCUGAAGAACUGUGACUCCUUUGACCCAGUAUCUAAAACCUGGACCAACUGUGCUCCUCUUAAUAUCAGGAGGCACCAGGCAGCGGUGUGUGAACUGGACGGCUUUGUGUACGUCAUUGGGGGUGCCGAGUCAUGGAACUGCCUGAACUCUGUCGAGCGUUACAACCCUGACAACAAUACCUGGACUCUGGUUGCCCCCAUGAACGUGGCUCGGCGUGGGGCAGGUGUUGCAGUGCACAAGGGGAAGCUCUUUGUAGUGGGGGGGUUUGACGGUUCCCAUGCCCUUUGCUGCGUGGAGUGCUACGAUCCAGCCAAGAACGAAUGGAAGAUGUUGGGAAACAUGACAUCAGCGCGUAGCAACGCGGGCGUGGCCGUGCUCGGUGAUGUGGUCUGUUCCAUCGGCGGCUUUGACGGCAAUGAAUUUCUCAGCACCAUGGAGGUGUAUGACGCUGAUGCCAAUGAGUGGAGCCCAUGUGUGGGGGCCUUCUCCCAGGACUGAGCCAUGGCAUCGGAUGCUCACCAAUGUGAACACUGACCAGCUUAGUGAUAUAAUUGUGUUUUAGUGAUGUUCUUGUUCUUGUUUCUGUUGAGCCGGAAGGGAGAGGUCGGGGCGGCGGGUGGGAAGGCAGGGGAAGAAAGGCCGUUGCGUAAUUUUGUUGGUGGGCGAGUCCCAUCGGGUUGCCCAAAGCAACAUCAAAAACUUUGCAUAUUGCAUAAAAUAUAUUCAGCUGUAAAUAGAUUUGUUUAUUUUGUUUUUUGUUGUUGUUGUUGUUGUUGUUGUUGUUGUUGUUUUUUUUCUCUACUGUUUGUUUAACUACAGAAUGCCAAUAAUCUUUUGGAGUUGUUAGGACAAAUGUUUCAUUGGGAAAGAAAAGAUUUGUUUUUUUUUUGUUUUUUUUUUCAGAAUGUAACAAAAUGAGGUUGAGGGAUAAUUCAGCCUGUUCGUCAUUAGAGCUAGCUUUUUGUCAGCCUAAUCAUGAACUCAGUACCUGCCCAACCUGAGGAGUGAGCUGGACUGUGUGAUGCCUAAUCUAACUAGAGCUGCUCUCCUUUUUUUUGACAGGGAUGUGGUAUUAAGAAUAUUCUAGAUGCUAGCAGUUAAAGCCUUACUGAUGAGUUGACUAGCUUAAAAAAAAAAAAAAAGGAGGUUAUCUGUAAUGGAGCUUUAUUGCCUCAUCAAUACGUGGAAUCUUUUAUGAUUGCCUUUUUAUAUCAUUUUUAUACAGUACUGAGCAAGCAACCAACACACAAAACUUAAGUGACAUUCCUAAAUGAAAACAAAUGAACCGAGUGCCACGGAGUUAGUUGUACUUAAGACACUAGUGUCUGCUUUAGCUUAAGAAUCCUUUGCUAGUGCUGCCAUGGUUAUUCCCUAUUCAUGACAUUGAGAUGGUGUUUCUUAAUGUCCAUCAACCACUUCUGUUUUUAGACACUAAUUAGUUAAGCCUAUAUAUUCAAGGUGGAUUUUUUUCUUUGUCUUACUUUUGUUACAAGCUGAGGUGCUCAUUUCUUAACUAAUAAAGCAUUUCAAUCCAG